ACACUGUCUAAGUUUGUCAUAGCUUUUCUUCCAAGGAGCAAGCGUCUUUUAUUUAUUUUUGGGUGUGCUGGGUCUUCGCUGCUGCCCAGGCCUUUCUCUAAUUGCAUCAAGGGAGCGGGGGUACUCUUCAUAGCAGUGCAGGGGCUUCUUGUUGCAGCGGUUUUUCCUGUUGCUGCGCACCAGCUCCGGGGCGCUCAGGCUUCAGCAGUUGCAGCGAGUGCACUCAAUCUUGGGCUCUAGAGCAGAGACUCAAUAGUUGUAGCGCACAGGGUUAGUUGCUUUUCCAACAUGUGGGAUCUUCCUGAACCACAGAUUGAACCGAUGUGUCCUGCAUUGACAGGAGGAUUUUUUUUACCACUGAACCAUCUGGGAAGCCCUCUCUAAUAGAUUUUUAACAGAAAAUAGCUUAUGUGGCAUUUCGUACAUGACUGUUAACUCUCUAUUACAAAAAAAAUUAUGUGCCUGUGUAAAACAGUGUUAUGUUUUUCAGCUAAAAUAGUUUAAUGUUUUAUGGAUCAGACGGUGUUUCUCAGAGUUCUGCACAUUGACUAACAAGAAGGAGAAGCCCGGGUCCCACGAUGUCCACCUUCCUCAGAGAUGUCCAGUAGGCCUCCUCUAUCUUGUCUGCUAUGGUCCAGGUUUCCAUGGCUGCAGAGGUGCUUUUGGAACCUAAUCGGUGUGACCUUUGAGGAUGUGGCUGUGUACUUCUCCUGGGAGGAAUGGGCUCUCCUUGAUGAGGCUCAGAGAUGCCUGUACCACGAUGUGAUGCUGGAGAACUUUGCACUUACAUGCUCACUGGGCUGUUGGCAUGGAGCAGAAGAUAAGGGAGCACCUUCUGAAAAAAGCAUUUCUGUAGAAGGAGUGUCACAGAUCAAGACUCUCAAGGCAGAUUCAUGUCCCCAGAAGGGCCAGCCCUUUGAGAAGUGUGGCCCAGUCUUGAGAGAUAAUUUUCACUUGCCUGAGCAUCAGGAAGCACAUCUUGGGCAGAAACCGUACACGUGUGGGAAUCGAUUCUAUAUUGCUGCCAACCUUCAGCAAUACCAGGGACAACACAUUAGAGAAAUACCCAUCAGAACUUCUGUGGACACAGCCUUGAUUAUAAAGAGCUGCAGAACCCAUCUGUCAGGGGAAUCCUUUUUCUCUGAGGGAAUAAGGAAAGACAACUUAGCCAGCAUGGGAUUUUUCCAUCAACCGGUCACUCACACUAAUGAGAACUCAAACAACAGUAAUGAGUGUGAGGCUGUCUUUCACAGUGGGGAAAGGCAUCAGAACUGGGGAGAAGGCAAAAAAAUCCUCAACUGCACAGACACACUUGUUGAGGACCAACAAGUCCUCACCAGAGAAGGGCUUUAUGAGUGCAGCAAAUGUGGAAAAACCUCUACCCGAAGGUGGAAUCUCAUUCAGCACCAGAAAGUCCACACUGGAGAAAGGCCUUAUGAAUGCCAUGAAUGUGGAAAAUCCUUUACCCGAAGCAACAGCCUGAAGACCCACAGGAAAGUUCACACUGGAGAAAAACCUUAUGAGUACAAAGAAUGUGGAAAAUCUUUUAGUCAAAGAUCCAACCUUGUUCAACAUCAGAAAGGUCACAGUGGAGAACGGCUUCAUCAGUGUGGUGAAUGUGGAAAAUCCUUUAGCCGAAGCUCCACCCUCAUUCAUCACAGGAGACUUCAUACAGGAGAAAGACCUUAUGAGUGCAGUAAAUGUGGGAAAUCCUUUAAGCAAAGCUCUAGCCUCAGUUCACAUCAGAAAAUCCACACAGGAGAAAGGCCUUAUGAGUGUAGGGAAUGUGGAAAAUCAUUUAGCUGCAAAUCUAACCUCAUUAUCCACCUGAGAGUUCACACUGGAGAGAGGCCUUACGAGUGUCAGGAAUGUACAAAAUCCUUUAGCUGCAAAUCUAACCUCAUUAACCACCUGAGAGUUCACUCUGGAGAAAGGCCUUAUGAUUGUGCAGAAUGUGGACAAUCUUUUACUCAAAGAUCCAUCCUCAUUCAACAUCAGAGAAUUCAUACUGGAGAGAGGCCUUAUGAAUGUCAUGAAUGUGGGAAAUCUUUUAGCCGAAAAUUUAGCCUCAUUUACCACCGGAAAGGUCACACUGGAGAACGGCCUCAUCAGAGAAAAGAAUGUGGGAAAUCUUUUAAUUGCAAAUCUAACCUCAAUGAACACCAGAAAAUUCACCCUGGAGAAAGAUCUCAUGAGUCUGGGGACAGUGGAAAAUCCUUUAGCCAAAGUUCCAGCCUCAUUCAGCAUUAGAGAGUUCACAAUGAAAUAUAUCUUAAGAGUGCAGUGAAUGUGGGCAGUCUGUUAGCUGCUAAUAUGGCCUCAUUUAAUACUAGAGACUUCACCCUAGUGAAAGGCCUUAGAUGUGCCAGCAGAUGCAGUUACUUCUAGUAUAAUUACACUGGAGGAAAGAAGUUGUGAGGGAGCCAUCUACCUGAAUUAAAGCUCUUAUAUCAGAAAAUCUUCAGUAGGGGCAUUCCCCUAAAGUUCCAGGUAUGUGAGAAUCUCUUAGGAGUUGUGUUAUAGUUUCUUACCUCCCAGGACCCUCACCAGCUUUAUGUCACUGCCAGUUCUGUGGCAGAAUUCAUUUUCAUCUCUAUCACCUGGCAGGUCCACAGUGUACAAAAAUUACCUCCCAACAUGCUUAGGUAAGCUGACCUCUGUCCCAUCCCCUUAGGGGAUGGAAAUAAUGAGUAGUCUUAGCUCUUAUGGCAUCCUCUUUCCCUUCUCAUUUCCACAGUAGGGUGUGAACCUCAUUCAGUUUGGGCCCAGUUGCCGCAGUCUGAAUUGUUUUGGUGACUUGACAGAAAGGCCUGCACUUUCAGGGACAUGUUAGUUUCUAGUGACGCUUGAGUUGGAUUUUCUCAACCUCCAAGUGUGGAGGAACUGGAGGAACCAAGCUGGGAAUUGCAUGCCUCAUGUUACUUUGCACUUUGCAAUAAUAAAGGCAUUCAUAUUAAGCCCCUUUUGGUCUGGGGGUUCUAUUCACUGUGUGAGGUGAUCUGAAGACAGCUAGGCUCUACCAGCAUUGAGGGUGGCACAGAUUUCAUGGGGGUCAGGUACAUUGUUUGCUUCACAUGUCAGUAUGAAUGAAAAGUAGAGCUCUCUUUCUAGUUUUGGCACAAUGUAAAUACAUUGUUACCCAAAGUCUUCUAGGAAAGAUUGCAGAGCUUUGGGGUCCUGAUAUGUGGACUGUGUAUCAGGGUUGUUUUUUUUUUUCUUUUUGUGGGCUCAGAAAACACCCUGGGAAGCCAGGAAGUUGUGACAACCUCUAGUACUUCUGGGAACAUGAAUUGUUAUUCAUAGUGAAUAUCACAUAAUGCUUAGCAGUUAACCUAUGAAAGAACCACAUCCCUGAUCCCCAGAGUUCACUAGAUGGUGCCACUGUAAGACUACAGGGCUGGGGGGAACCCUCUUGGUAAAGUACCCUGGAGCAGAGGAGACGGCAGUGAAGUAGGUGGAGUGUGCCCUUUCUCCAGUUGUAUCCGCAGAUGCUCCAGUGACUGUGCAGUAUCAGUGUGCACGGAUGCCCAGAAAUUGCCAGCCUCCAGGCAUGUGUGUCUUUUGUGGCUGAGGUCAUUGUCAAAGAAAAUAAGCUAUUGGUUUUCUGGAUUCCUCUAGCCUCUCUGGGGUGUUCAGCCAAAGCCCCUUGCCACAUAGGCAGAGGAACAAACAGAGAGAGAAAGGAGAACCCUUAGUCCACAGUGUGGCUCUGUGACUAGCCAGCCUUCCUGUUAACUCAGGUGAGAAGGAAUCUAUUACUCAUCAGUAUUUGCUACCACUAAGGCAAGGCUGCUCCUCCAAGGUCAUCAGGAAAGAGAGGCAAUAUAGGAUUGCCAAGCCUGAUUUUCUGAAGAGUGGGAUAUUUAUAUUUUGCCUUUGAACCAUUUUAUAAAUUUUUAUUCUAGUCAUCAUGCAAUAUAUUGUGUCUAUUUGAAGUAUGCAAUUUAAAGUUUACAUGUAAAAAAAUAAAUAAGAAAACCUCAUCAUAAUCACAAUAAUGUAAGUUAUGGCCAUCAUUGAUUUACCUUCCAAUAGAUUGUUUUGUGUGUUCUAGAAUUAUAUAUGGUUUUAUUCUUAAAAUGUUUACUUUUUUCUGAUUUUAUUCAUGGUUCAUAAUUAUUUUGAGAUUCUUCAAUUAUUUAUAUAAAAAUAGUUCAUUCUUUUUAUUGCUGAACUAAGUAUCUUUUCUAUACUUAUUCCAUUUGUUUAUUCAUUCGUCUGGUUAAGAGAAUUUGGGUUACUCCCAGUUUUGACUAUUCUAAGUAAAGCUGAUAGAACAGUUUUGUGUAAUUCUGUAUGUAUGUAUUUUCACUUGUCUUGUUUUAAUAACCCAGAGUGUAAUGCCUGAGUCAGAAUAGGUGAAUGUUUAACUUACAAAACAGCUAAAUGGUGACCUUAAAUCAUUGUUUGCUUUUAUAUACCCACCAGGUUUAUGUAAAAUGCUUCCACAUUUUUGCCAGUACUUGAUACGGUCAGUCUUUUGAAUUUACCCUUUUAGUAAGGAAACACUAAUUUUAGUUACAUCUCCAUAAGGAUUCAUGGUGUUGAACAUUUUUUUUAAUGUGUUUAUUUGCCAUCUGUAUAUCUUCUUGGUGAAAUAUCUGUUUAUAUGUAUACUUGUUUUACUUUUUUUCCCCCUCAUUUUACUUUUUUAUGUUGUGAUUAUUUACCUUUUUAUUAAUAAAUAAUCAGCUCAUUUUUGUUCCUUAA